AUGGAAGCGCUGAGGCGGAUGGAGUCGCGGAGAACAGCUGCCGAAUCUGCCGAAGAUAUCUCCAGCGCACCGCUGUCGGUGAGAUUUCUUCUAGGCACCUCCGUCGUGCUCAUGAUUCUGGGCCUCUUCUUCAUGGGUUGCUAUGCCAUCUUGCCGGCAGGAGCAAUGGUCCAGGAGCUGAUGUUUGCUCUCGUCUGUAUGACGUUCCUAACGGGCAGCCUCUCCUGGAUGGCUUUGGUCCGAUGCCACCUGCACCAGCAGGCCUUGCGUCAGGAGGCCAAGGAUGCCAGGAACGCCCAUGAGCACGUGUGGGCAUCAAUGAACUUUCAGUCGCUGCCUACGGGUCGUCCCGAGUUCCGACUGAUGCAGGUUAUGCUGCCCUCUGGUGCAAGCAGACCGACCAAGAAAGUGCUUGAGAAAGCAGACGUGCUGCCGACGGAUGAGGUUUGGUUACUGUUCAAGGGCGGAGUGGAGGGAGGUGAUGUGGGGGACUACCCACCAAGCGACGAACACAACCUGAGACAUUACGACUGCAGCGCUCGACCCCUGUGA